AUGCCCAAGUCCAAUCACAGGAUAGGGACACGUUCUGCACAUAUUCCAUCCAGCUUCCGUCGCAAGAAAGCCACAAUUCUUGCCGAAUUAGAAAGGCCAGACAAUGACUACACGGACAAGUCACCAAAGGGAAGCGUUGACGCGGAGAUUUUGGAACUUAUUGCCAAGAUCAACGAGUUCGAGGGCUAUGUAACCACAAGCAGUUGUGCAGGUCGAGUUGUUGUUUUCGUGGAGGGCAGGAAAGCUUUACGAGAGGACAAGUCAGGUGUGGUUGAUGGCGCUUCAGAUGCACAGCAAGAGACAGGCAGAGAUGUAAGCUCGAACGCAACGAGUGUUGGUGGUGGACCUGGUGGGAAGGGUCAUGGCAACAAGUGGUUUCCUGUACCAGUGGAAGAAGUCUCGUCUACGUCGCCGACUGCUCUUCACGAUCUGUUUCAACUGGAGCCAAAAUCGACUCCAUCGUCAGGACCAACGACUUCAAAUCUUAGCUAUCGCCCAGAUCUUCGCUUGAUCAAGUUGAGCUUCUCUCCGCUGAUUCUACACAUUCUGUGCGCGAACCUGCAAGGUGCCAAAGUUCUGCUCGCAGCGGCUAUCAAUGCUGGCUUUCGGGAAAGCGGUGUGCAGAGCCUCAAAGCGCUGGACGAUGAAGAGGCUGGGGUCAUGCUUGCUAUUCGGACUGCUGGGCUAGGGUUCGAUACAGUGGUUGGGUGUGUGGAGGAGCAAGAGGACUAUGAUGUGCUGUUGCAAGUGGAUAAGAGCUGUGUUGACGAACACUACUUGCGGAUGUGCACGGGCGUGAUCAACGAACGGUUCGUGUGGAACAACGAAAGGAAGGAAAGAUUGAUAAGAGAGUUGGUGAAGCUGAAGACUGAGUCAGAAGCAAACACUCAGUGGGAGGAUGCAGAUACGAGAAGGGAGCGCAAGAGGCAGGAGGGUUUGCAGCGGAGAGCGGAGAAGCAAGAUCAGAACAUGAGGGCACAAACAUCGCCUGAGACAGAAAAGAAGCAAGAGAGCAUGCUUGAGGAAGGACUUUUACCACAAUACGGAAUCUAA